AUGUCCGGCGCCGGCCCAUCGUUACACACACCUGACUUUCCGUCAUGGUCAGUCUUCAAGUUCCCGCCAGACUCUGCGCCCCAGCCAAUUACGAAUCCGUACGUCAUUGAGCCGACCCUCGCGAACCCAUUCCAUAUUCCCCAGAACAUCUUCGAAGGCGCGCUGGCCUACAAAGUGCCGCUGGCCAUCUCCACCGUGUACGCCAUCACCGUCACGUACUUCAAUUGGUACAACCGCCAGCACGCGAACAAGCCGUGGAGGAUUUCCAAGACGCGACCCUUCUUCGCCUUUGUCAUCUUCCACAAUGUCUUCCUGGCCGUCUACUCGGCCAUCACCUGCGUGGCCAUGGUCCGCGCGUUGAAGACGUCGUUCCCUCACUACAGCGACCCCAACUCGGUCGUUGGCACCGUCGACGCGCUUUGCAAGAUCAAUGGGCCCCGUGGGCUCGGCGAUGCUGUCACGUACAACUCGACCACCAACACCUGGGCCAGCAAGAACUCCAAUGUUCUCGUCGACUCUACGACUGGCCUGCCAGACCCGAGCGAUGUUGGCAGGAUCUGGAACGAGGGUCUCGCUUUCUGGGGCUGGUGGUUCUACCUCUCCAAGUUCUACGAAGUCCUCGACACGGCCAUCAUUCUCGCAAAGGGCAAGCGCAGCACGACUCUCCAGAAGUACCACCAUGCCGGCGCUAUGUUGUCCAUGUGGGCUGGAAUGCGCUUCAUGGCACCGCCCAUCUGGAUGUUCGUCCUCGUCAACUCUGGUAUUCACGCCAUGAUGUACACCUACUACACCGUUUCUGCCCUCGGCUACCGCGUCCCCAACGUCGUCAAGCGAACCCUCACCACUCUCCAAAUCACGCAAUUCCUCGUCGGUUCAGCAUACGCUGCUAUCCACCUGUUUGUUUCCUACACAAUCCCCGUCACAGUCGCACACCAGAUCGUCGAGAAGGUUGCUCCCAAGCUCAACUCCUCAAGCAUCUCGUCUGCCGUGUCUUCGGCCACGAGCUCUGCGGUUGCGGCUCUGCCAACUGCCACUGGCCCUGCUCUGGCGUUCCUUAGGAAGCUCAUCUACCGCGCCGCUGGUGACGAAGGUCUUGCUGAGAACAUUGCAGUCCCCGGCGAGCCUCUGCCAUACUACCAGCAACAGCAGGCAUUGGCAGCUGGUCAACGUCCCGAGCAUCCCGUUGAGCAACUCUUCCACCGCCCCCAGGAGACUGUCAACAGAGUCAUCUACCGCACCGAAUACCAGUCUGUUCCUUGCAUCGACACCUCCGGACAGGCUUUCGCCAUUUACCUCAACUUGAUCUACCUUGCGCCGCUGACUUUCCUCUUCAUGCGCUUCUUCUUCAAGUCCUACCUCCGCCGCACCUCGCCCAACACCAAGCACCAGACCAAGCACACCGCCGUCCAAAAGGCUACCCGCGAUGCCAGCCGUGGCGUUGAACGCGAGCUUGAGUCGCUUGAGAAGUCGGCAGAGGACGCCGUGUCGUCAGCAGUCCACAAGUCAAGGGAUGCCGUCCGUGGUCGCAAGUUCAACGCCAACGGCCUUGACAAGGACGAGCGACACGGUUCUCUCAGCCCCGCCAACAAGAAGUUCAUCGACAAUGUUAACCGCAAGGUCAAAGAGCAGAUUGACGGAGAGACUGGAACUGUCGGCGAGAAGGCCAAGCAAGUCGGCAACGAUCUUGCCAAAGCCGCGCAAGACACCAAGGCCAGCCUUGAGAAGCAGGCCAACGCCGCUCGCGAGAACUUCGCUCUGCAAGCGCAGGAAGCAAAGAACAAGGCUGUUGAUGUGAAGGAUGAGAUCAAGCAAGAAGCCAACGGUAACGCAAACGGCAAUGCCAACGGUCACGCCAACAACUCCGAGGGCUGGGAAACUGCAGGCAAGAGCCCCAAGAAGAAGAACCAAUCCAAGCUUCCGCAGAAGAAGAAGGACCGCAAAGAGACCGAGGAGUCCGGCGUCCUCGUCAAGAAGGAAGACAUCGAGGACGAAGACGUCAAGAAGCCAGAGAACGAGCCCGAGCCAAAGGACGUCAACAACACGCUUGAGAAGGACGAGGGUAAAGGUCUGUUCUAAAUGAGGAAUUUUCAGUUUGAGUUAGAACUUGGGUUCAGAUUACCAGCUAUGACAGUAGACUAAUAUCUCUUUGGUGUGGGUAAAAGCACAUGUAGAUCUCGAGCUUGCCGCUUUGGGCCUUCGAAUAGUUUGGGCUGCGCGUGGGGAGGAUUGAGAGGGAUGAAGGGAGAAGGAGGCCUAGUUUGAGUUUGAGCGAGUCUUUUUUUUUUAGUGAGCGAGAGAAGCAAAAGAUGGUUAAAAAAUUCAUUAUUGUAAUCUGUUCAAUGAC